AAUGAAUGAAAACUAUCUUAUAAGUAAAAUUGAUUACGCUAAUUGUAGUAAAAAAUCAAGUGUAUUUUAGUAAAACAAAAAUAAACAUUUUUCUUUCAAGUAUUUAAAUUGGAUAAAUAGUAUUCUAUUUUGUAUGUAAUAUUUUUAAAUAUAUUAUACUUUAUACUUAAAUACAAUCCUUCUUCGUCUUCCUUUUUAUUUAAAAAAAUAUAUUCUGCUUUAAAAGUAUGUAUAUUUAUUUAGACUUCAAAGUCAUGCUUUUUUCAAGGAAUUUCGUCAAUUGUCAAUUGUAUAAUCGACUUUCGACGAAUUCCAAAUAACAGUAGUGCGUAAAAAUUCAAUUCGUCGCAAUCUUAGCAGGUGCGCGUAUGUAAAAUGUACGACUUUCACUUCAUACAAAGAAAAGGCGAAGUGGGGACGGAAUGAAGCACAGUAACGGACUUCGGAAUAAGGCAAACUAAAAGUAGAAUCAGAAAAACGGAAACAGACCGAUCGUACGGGCCGUAGUAUCGUCUUCCUCUCGUUCUUUCUCAAUUAAAAUAAUCUACAUUAUUUGUAUUUCGAUGAAAAACGAUACAUCGGAAUAGAGACACUCGCAUAUCUGGUGUUACACUUUGUGACGAAUUUGCUUUUCGUUCUGCAAAUUGAAAGUAUUACCCUGCGGUCACCGAAAUGGCAAGACACGCUCCCUGGACGACCAUGAUCUUUGCGACAAUAAUCGUUGCCUGUUUACUUGGAUUAAUCGUUGAAACCGCGGCGACGAUAGCUCAACCAAAGGCACCUAAUUUCCAGUAUUUUGAACGGCCUAAAUAUCGCUACCCAUACUAUGAUGAAAAUGGCAGGGGAAAAUUACUCUAUGGGUAUGGAGGACCAGAUCUGUAUCAAUACAAAACUUUCAGCGCCCUUGAGGGAAUUCAUUAAGAUAAAGAAUAUUAAAUUACGCUAUUAAGACAUCUAGUUAAUAAUCAUUCUAUGAGUUGUGAUUAUUAUCAUAUAGGGUGAUCGUUUGUGAAAUGACAUAUAGUACAUACACGAUUUUGCUUCGGAUUACAAGAAAACGAUUAUAUAUAUUCUAUGUUGCACAAUAAUAACAUACAAUAUGUAACUUUCAA